AUGAGUGUAUUCUUGGUUAUUGCCAAUGCAAAAGCAGAUAUAAAAGAUGAAAUGCGCAAUAGUGUAUCAUUUAAACUGACGGAGUUAAUACGCAAAUUAUUUCCGGUCAACGAAAAAGUGAUGGAAAAUGUAUCGAAAAAUAUGUUUCCAAAAAUAAUAAAUGACAUAAAAGAAUACUUCUAUCCGACAUCAACAACAACGUCAACCGAAUCAGCUGAUACUCAAACAAAUAUUGCUCAAUCAACAACUACAACCAACAUCGAUCAAACGAUGAAUGAUAAAGCAGAAGCAACGACAGUUAAUGAAGAAGACACCGAGCAUACAACAGCUGAGGAAGAGGCACAUAAAACACCGGCAGACGACGAGGCAGAGACCACUCCUGGUGAGGAGGAGAAAGAGACUACAGCGGCUGAGGAAGAGACAGAGACAGCAACGGGUGUGGAAGAGGAAGAGGCAGAGACCACAGCGGCUGAGGAAGAGGCAGAGACCACAGCGGCUGAGGAAGAGGCAGAGACCACAGCGGCUGAGGAAGAGACAGAGACCACAGCGGCUGAGGAAGAGGCAGAGACCACAGCGGCUGAGGAAGAGGCAGAGACCACAGCGGCUGAGGAAGAGGCAGAGACCACAGCGGCUGAGGAAGAGGCAGAGACCACAGCGGCUGAGGAAGAGGCAGAGACCACAGCGGCUGAGGAAGAGGCAGAGACUACAGCGGCUGAAGAAGAAGCAGAGACUACAGCGGCUGAGGAAGAGGCAGAAACUACAGCGGCUGCGGAAGAGGCAGAGACUACAGCGACUGAGGAAGAGGCAGAGACCACAGCGGCUGAGGAAGAGGCAGAGACUACAGCGGCUGAGGAAGAGGCAGAGACCACAGCGGCUGAGGAAGAGGCAGAGACCACAGCGGCUGAGGAAGAGGCAGAGACUACAGCGGCUGAGGAAGAGGCAGAAACUACAGAGGCUGCGGAAGAGGCAGAGACCACAGCGGCUGAGGAAGAAGCAGAGACCACAGCGGCUAAGGAAGAGGCAGAGACCACAGCGGCUGAGGAAGAGACAGAGACCACAGCGGCUGAGGAAGAGGCAGAGACCACAGCGGCUGAGGAAGAAGCAGAGACUACAGCGGCUGAGGAAGAAGCAGAGACCACAGCGGCUGCUGAGGAAGAGGCAGAGACCACAGCGGCUGAAGAAGAAGCAGAGACCACAGCGGCUGAGGAAGAGGCAGAGACUACAGAGGCUGAGGAAGAGGCAGAGACUACAGCGGCUAAGGAAGAGGCAGAGACUACAGCGGCUGAGGAAGAGGCAGAGACUACAGCGGCUGAGGAAGAGCCAGAGACCACAGCGGCUGAGGAAGAGGCAGAGACCACAGCGGCUGAGGAAGAGGCAGAGACUACAGCGGCUGAGGAAGAGGCAGAGACUACAGCGGCUGAGGAAGAGGCAGAGACCACAGCGGCUGAGGAAGAAGCAGAGACUACAGCGGCUGAGGAAGAAGCAGAGACCACAGCGGCUGCUGCGGAAGAGGCAGAGACCACAGCGGCUGAGGAAGAAGCAGAGACCACAGCGGCUGAGGAAGAGGCAGAGACCACAGCGGCUGAGGAAGAGGCAGAGACUACAGCGGCUGAAGAAGAAGCAGAGACUACAGCGGCUGAGGAAGAGGCAGAGACCACAGCGGCUGCGGAAGAGACAGAGACCACAGCGGCUGAGGAAGAAGCAGAGACCACAGCGGCUGAGGAAGAGGCAGAGACUACAGCGGCUGAGGAAGAGGCAGAGACUACAGAGGCUGCGGAAGAGGCAGAGACCACAGCGGCUGAGGAAGAAGCAGAGACCACAGCGGCUGAGGAAGAGGCAGAAACCACAGCGGCUGAGGAAGAGGCAGAGACUACAGCGGCUGAGGAAGAGGCAGAGACCACAGCGGCUGAGGAAGAGGCAGAGACCACAGCGGCUGAGGAAGAAGCAGAGACCACAACGGCUAAGGAAGAGGCAGAGACCACAGCGGCUGAGGAAGAGGCAGAGACUACAGCGGCUGAGGAAGAGGUAGAGACUACAGCGGCUGAGGAAGAGGCAGAGACCACAGCGGCUGCGGAAGAGGCAGAGACCACAGCGGCUGAGGAAGAAGCAGAGACCACAGCGGCUGAGGAAGAAGCAGAGACCACAGCGGCUGAGGAAGAGGCAGAGACCACAGCGGCUGAGGAAGAGGCAGAGACUACAGCGGCUGAGGAAGAGGCAGAGACAACAGCGGCUGCGGAAGAGGCAGAGACCACAGCGGCUGAGGAAGAGGUAGAGACUACAGCGGCUGAGGAAGAGGCAGAGACUACAGCGGCUGAGGAAGAGGCAGAGACUACAGAGGCUGCGGAAGAGGCAGAGACCACAGCGGCUGAGGAAGAGGCAGAGACCACAGCGGCUGAGGAAGAGGCAGAGACUACAGCGGCUGAGGAAGAGGCAGAGACCACAGCGGCUGCGGAAGAGGCAGAGACCACAGCGGCUGAGGAAGAAGCAGAGACCACAGCGGCUGAGGAAGAGGCAGAAACCACAGCGGCUGAGGAAGAGGCAGAGACUACAGCGGCUGAGGAAGAGGCAGAAACCACAGCGGCUGCGGAAGAGGCAGAGACCACAGCGGCUGAGAAAGAAGCAGAGACUACAGCGGCUGCGGAAGAGGCAGAGACCACAGCGGCUGAGGAAGAGGCAGAGACCACAGCGGCUGAGGAAGAGGCAGAGACUACAGCGGCUGAGGAAGAGGCAGAGACCACAGCGGCUGAGGAAGAAGCAGAGACUACAGCGGCUGAGGAAGAAGCAGAGACCACAGCGGCUGCGGAAGAGGCAGAGACCACAGCGGCUGAGGAAGAAGCAGAGACCACAGCGGCUGAGGAAGAGGCAGAGACCACAGCGGCUGAGGAAGAGGCAGAGACUACAGCGGCUGAGGAAGAGGCAGAGACAACAGCGGCUGCGGAAGAGGCAGAGACCACAGCGGCUGAGGAAGAGGCAGAGACUACAGAGGCUGCGGAAGAGGCAGAGACCACAGCGGCUGAGGAAGAAGCAGAGACCACAGCGGCUGAGGAAGAGGCAGAAACCACAGCGGCUGAGGAAGAGGCAGAGACUACAGCGGCUGAGGAAGAGGCAGAGACCACAGCGGCUGAGGAAGAGGCAGAGACUACAGCGGCUGAGGAAGAGGCAGAGACUACAGCGGCUGAGGAAGAGGCAGAAACUACAGAGGCUGAGGAAGAGGCAGAGACCACAGCGGCUGAGGAAGAAGCAGAGACCACAGCGGCUGAGGAAGAGGCAGAGACUACAGCGGCUGAGGAAGAGGCAGAGACCACAGCGGCUGAGGAAGAGGCAGAGACUACAGCGGCUGAGGAAGAAGCAGAGACCACAGCGGCUGAGGAAGAAGCAGAGACAACAGCGGCUGAGGAAGAGGUAGAGACUACAGCGGCUGAGGAAGAGGCAGAGACUACAGCGGCUGAGGAAGAGGCAGAGACUACAGAGGCUGCGGAAGAGGCAGAGACCACAGCGGCUGAGGAAGAAGCAGAGACCACAGCGGCUGAGGAAGAGGCAGAAACCACAGCGGCUGAGGAAGAGGCAGAGACUACAGCGGCUGAGGAAGAGGCAGAGACUACAGAGGCUGCGGAAGAGGCAGAGACCACAGCGGCUGAGGAAGAAGCAGAGACCACAGCGGCUGAGGAAGAGGCAGAAACCACAGCCGCUGAGGAAGAGGCAGAGACUACAGCGGCUGAGGAAGAGGCAGAGACUACAGCGGCUGAGGAAGAGGCAGAGACCACAGCGGCUGCGGAAGAGGCAGAGACCACAGCGGCUGAGAAAGAAGCAGAGACUACAGCGGCUGAGGAAGAGGCAGAGACCACAGCGGCUGCGGAAGAGACAGAGACCACAGCGGCUGAGGAAGAGGCAGAGACCACAGCGGCUGAGGAAGAAGCAGAGACUACAGCGGCUGAGGAAGAAGCAGAGACCACAGCGGCUGCUGCGGAAGAGGCAGAGACCACAGCGGCUGAGGAAGAAGCAGAGACCACAGCGGCUGAGGAAGAGGCAGAAACCACAGCGGCUGAGGAAGAGGCAGAGACUACAGCGGCUGAGGAAGAGGCAGAGACCACAGCGGCUGAGGAAGAGGCAGAGACUACAGCGGCUGAGGAAGAAGCAGAGACCACAGCGGCUGAGGAAGAAGCAGAGACAACAGCGGCUGCGGAAGAGGCAGAGACCACAGCGGCUGAGGAAGAGGUAGAGACUACAGCGGCUGAGGAAGAGGCAGAGACCACAGCGGCUGCGGAAGAGACAGAGACCACAGCGGCUGAGGAAGAGGCAGAGACCACAGCGGCUGAGGAAGAAGCAGAGACUACAGCGGCUGAGGAAGAGGCAGAGACCACAGCGGCUGAAGAAGAAGCAGAGACCACAGCGGCUGAGGAAGAGGCAGAGACUACAGCGGCUGAGGAAGAGGCAGAGACUACAGCGGCUGAGGAAGAGGCAGAAACUACAGAGGCUGAGGAAGAGGCAGAGACCACAGCGGCUGAGGAAGAAGCAGAGACCACAGCGGCUGAGGAAGAAGCAGAGACCACAGCGGCUGAGGAAGAGGCAGAGACCACAGCGGCUGAGGAAGAGGCAGAGACUACAGCGGCUGAGGAAGAGGCAGAGACUACAGCGGCUGAGGAAGAGGCAGAGACCACAGCGGCUGAGGAAGAGGCAGAGACCACAGCGGCUGAGGAAGAGGCAGAGACCACAGCGGCUGAGGAAGAAGCAGAGACCACAGCGGCUGAGGAAGAGGCAGAGACCACAGCGGCUGCGGAAGAGACAGAGACCACAGCGGCUGAGGAAGAGGCAGAGACCACAGCGACCACAGCGGCUGAGGAAGAAGCAGAGACCACAGCGGCUGAGGAAGAGGCAGAGACCACAGCGGCUGAGGAAGAGGCAGAGACUACAGCGGCUGAGGAAGAAGCAGAGACCACAGCGGCUGAGGAAGAGGCAGAGACUACAGCGGCUGAGGAAGAGGCAGAGACCACAGAGGCUGCGGAAGAGCCAGAGACUACAGCGGCUGAGGAAGAGGCAGAGACCACAGCGGCUGAGGAAGAGGCAGAGACCACAGCGGCAGAGGAAGAGACAGAGACCACAGCGGCUGAGGAAGAGGCAGAGACCACAGCGGCUGAGGAAGAGGCAGAAACCACAGCGGCUGAGGAAGAGGCAGAGACUACAGCGGCUGAGGAAGAGGCAGAGACCACAGCGGCUGAGGAAGAGGCAGAGACCACAGCGGCUGAGGAAGAGGCAGAGACUACAGCGGCUGAGGAAGAGGCAGAAACUACAGAGGCUGCGGAAGAGGCAGAGACCACAGCGGCUGAGGAAGAAGCAGAGACCACAGCGGCUAAGGAAGAGGCAGAGACCACAGCGGCUGAGGAAGAGGCAGAGACUACAGCGGCUGAGGAAGAGGUAGAGACUACAGCGGCUGAGGAAGAGGCAGAGACCACAGCGGCUGAGGAAGAGGCAGAGACCACAGCGGCUGAGGAAGAGGCAGAGACCACAGCGGCUGAGGAAGAGGCAGAGACCACAGCGGCUGAGGAAGAGGCAGAGACUACAGCGGCUGAGGAAGAGGCAGAGACCACAGCGGCUGAGGAAGAGGCAGAGACCACAGCGGCUGAGGAAGAGGCAGAGACCACAGCGGCUGAGGAAGAGGCAGAGACAACAGCGGCUGAGGAAGAAGCAGAGACUACAGCGGCUGAGGAAGAGGCAGAGACCACAGCGGCUGCGGAAGAGACAGAGACCACAGCGGCUGAGGAAGAGGCAGAGACCACAGCGGCUGAGGAAGAGGCAGAGACUACAGCGGCUGAGGAAGAGGCAGAGACCACAGCGGCUGAGGAAGAGGCAGAGACUACAGCGGCUGAGGAAGAGGCAGAGACCACAGCGGCUGAGGAAGAAGCAGAGACCACAGCGGCUGAGGAAGAGGCAGAGACCACAGCGGCUGAGGAAGAGGCAGAGACUACAGCGGCUGAGGAAGAGGCAGAGACCACAGCGGCUGAGGAAGAGGCAGAGACUACAGCGGCUGAGGAAGAGGCAGAGACUACAGCGACUGAGGAAGAGGCAGAGACCACAGCGGCUGAGGAAGAAGCAGAGACAACAGCGGCUGCGGAAGAGGCAGAGACCACAGCGGCUGAGGAAGAGGUAGAGACUACAGCGGCUGAGGAAGAGGCAGAGACUACAGCGGCUGAGGAAGAGGCAGAGACUACAGAGGCUGCGGAAGAGGCAGAGACCACAGCGGCUGAGGAAGAAGCAGAGACCACAGCGGCUGAGGAAGAGGCAGAGACCACAGCGGCUGAGGAAGAGGCAGAGACUACAGCGGCUGAGGAAGAGGCAGAGACCACAGCGGCUGCGGAAGAGGCAGAGACCACAGCGGCUGAGAAAGAAGCAGAGACUACAGCGGCUGAGGAAGAGGCAGAGACCACAGCGGCUGCGGAAGAGACAGAGACCACAGCGGCUGAGGAAGAGGCAGAGACCACAGCGGCUGAGGAAGAAGCAGAGACUACAGCGGCUGAGGAAGAAGCAGAGACCACAGCGGCUGAGGAAGAGGCAGAGACCACAGCGGCUGAGGAAGAGGCAGAGACUACAGCGGCUGAGGAAGAGGCAGAGACCACAGCGGCUGAGGAAGAGGCAGAGACUACAGCGGCUGAGGAAGAGGCAGAGACCACAGAGGCUGCGGAAGAGCCAAAGACUACAGCGGCUGAGGAAGAGGCAGAGACCACAGCGGCUGAGGAAGAGGCAGAGACCACAGCGGCAGAGGAAGAGACAGAGACCACAGCGGCUGAGGAAGAGGCAGAGACCACAGCGGCUGAGGAAGAGGCAGAAACCACAGCGGCUGAGGAAGAGGCAGAGACUACAGCGGCUGAGGAAGAGGCAGAGACCACAGCGGCUGAGGAAGAGGCAGAGACCACAGCGGCUGCUGAGGAAGAGGCAGAGACCACAGCGGCUGAGGAAGAAGCAGAGACCACAGCGGCUGAGGAAGAAGCAGAGACCACAGCGGCUGAGGAAGAGGCAGAGACCACAGCGGCUGAGGAAGAGGCAGAGACUACAGCGGCUGAGGAAGAGGCAGAGACUACAGCGGCUGAGGAAGAGGCAGAGACCACAGCGGCUGAGGAAGAGGCAGAGACUACAGCGGCUGAGGAAGAGACAGAGACCACAGCGGCUGAGGAAGAGGCAGAGACCACAGCGGCUCAGGAAGAGGCAGAAACUACAGAGGCUGCGGAAGAGGCAGAGACAACAGCGGCUGAGGAAGAGGCAGAAACUACAGAGGCUGCGGAAGAGGCAGAGACCACAGCGGCUGAAGAAGAAGCAGAGACCACAGCGGCUGAGGAAGAGGCAGAGACUACAGCGGCUGAGGAAGAGGCAGAGACUACAGCGGCUGAGGAAGAGGCAGAAACUACAGAGGCUGAGGAAGAGGCAGAGACCACAGCGGCUGAGGAAGAAGCAGAGACCACAGCGGCUGAGGAAGAAGCAGAGACCACAGCGGCUGAGGAAGAGGCAGAGACCACAGCGGCUGAGGAAGAGGCAGAGACUACAGCGGCUGAGGAAGAGGCAGAGACUACAGCGGCUGAGGAAGAGGCAGAGACCACAGCGGCUGAGGAAGAGGCAGAGACUACAGCGGCUGAGGAAGAGGCAGAGACCACAGCGGCUGAGGAAGAAGCAGAGACCACAGCGGCUGAGGAAGAGGCAGAGACUACAGCGGCUGAGGAAGAGGCAGAGACUACAGCGGCUGAGGAAGAAGCAGAGACCACAGCGGCUGAGGAAGAGGCAGAGACCACAGCGGCUGAGGAAGAGGCAGAGACCACAGCGGCUGAGGAAGAGGCAGAGACUACAGCGGCUGAGGAAGAGGUAGAGACUACAGCGGCUGAGGAAGAGGCAGAGACCACAGCGGCUGAGGAAGAGGCAGAGACCACAGCGGCUGAGGAAGAGGCAGAGACCACAGCGGCUGAGGAAGAGGCAGAGACCACAGCGGCUGAGGAAGAGGCAGAGACUACAGCGGCUGAGGAAGAGGCAGAGACCACAGCGGCUGAGGAAGAGGCAGAGACCACAGCGGCUGAGGAAGAGGCAGAGACCACAGCGGCUGAGGAAGAGGCAGAGACAACAGCGGCUGAGGAAGAAGCAGAGACUACAGCGGCUGAGGAAGAGGCAGAGACCACAGCGGCUGCGGAAGAGACAGAGACCACAGCGGCUGAGGAAGAGGCAGAGACCACAGCGGCUGAGGAAGAGGCAGAGACUACAGCGGCUGAGGAAGAGGCAGAGACCACAGCGGCUGAGGAAGAGGCAGAGACUACAGCGGCUGAGGAAGAGGCAGAGACCACAGCGGCUGAGGAAGAAGCAGAGACCACAGCGGCUGAGGAAGAGGCAGAGACCACAGCGGCUGAGGAAGAGGCAGAGACUACAGCGGCUGAGGAAGAGGCAGAGACCACAGCGGCUGAGGAAGAGGCAGAGACUACAGCGGCUGAGGAAGAGGCAGAGACUACAGCGACUGAGGAAGAGGCAGAGACCACAGCGGCUGAGGAAGAAGCAGAGACAACAGCGGCUGCGGAAGAGGCAGAGACCACAGCGGCUGAGGAAGAGGUAGAGACUACAGCGGCUGAGGAAGAGGCAGAGACUACAGCGGCUGAGGAAGAGGCAGAGACUACAGAGGCUGCGGAAGAGGCAGAGACCACAGCGGCUGAGGAAGAAGCAGAGACCACAGCGGCUGAGGAAGAGGCAGAGACCACAGCGGCUGAGGAAGAGGCAGAGACUACAGCGGCUGAGGAAGAGGCAGAGACCACAGCGGCUGCGGAAGAGGCAGAGACCACAGCGGCUGAGAAAGAAGCAGAGACUACAGCGGCUGAGGAAGAGGCAGAGACCACAGCGGCUGCGGAAGAGACAGAGACCACAGCGGCUGAGGAAGAGGCAGAGACCACAGCGGCUGAGGAAGAGGCAGAGACUACAGCGGCUGAGGAAGAAGCAGAGACCACAGCGGCUGAGGAAGAGGCAGAGACCACAGCGGCUGAGGAAGAGGCAGAGACUACAGCGGCUGAGGAAGAGGCAGAGACCACAGCGGCUGAGGAAGAGGCAGAGACUACAGCGGCUGAGGAAGAGGCAGAGACCACAGAGGCUGCGGAAGAGCCAAAGACUACAGCGGCUGAGGAAGAGGCAGAGACCACAGCGGCUGAGGAAGAGGCAGAGACCACAGCGGCUGAGGAAGAGACAGAGACCACAGCGGCUGAGGAAGAGGCAGAGACCACAGCGGCUGAGGAAGAGGCAGAAACCACAGCGGCUGAGGAAGAGGCAGAGACUACAGCGGCUGAGGAAGAGGCAGAGACCACAGCGGCUGAGGAAGAGGCAGAGACCACAGCGGCUGCGGAAGAGACAGAGACCACAGCGGCUGAGGAAGAGGCAGAGACCACAGCGGCUCAGGAAGAGGCAGAAACUACAGAGGCUGCGGAAGAGGCAGAGACAACAGCGGCUGAGGAAGAGGCAGAAACUACAGAGGCUGCGGAAGAGGCAGAGACCACAGCGGCUGAAGAAGAAGCAGAGACCACAGCGGCUGAGGAAGAGGCAGAGACUACAGCGGCUGAGGAAGAGGCAGAGACUACAGCGGCUGAGGAAGAGGCAGAAACUACAGAGGCUGAGGAAGAGGCAGAGACCACAGCGGCUGAGGAAGAAGCAGAGACCACAGCGGCUGAGGAAGAAGCAGAGACCACAGCGGCUGAGGAAGAGGCAGAGACCACAGCGGCUGAGGAAGAGGCAGAGACUACAGCGGCUGAGGAAGAGGCAGAGACUACAGCGGCUGAGGAAGAGGCAGAGACCACAGCGGCUGAGGAAGAGGCAGAGACUACAGCGGCUGAGGAAGAGGCAGAGACCACAGCGGCUGAGGAAGAAGCAGAGACCACAGCGGCUGAGGAAGAGGCAGAGACUACAGCGGCUGAGGAAGAGGCAGAGACUACAGCGGCUGAGGAAGAAGCAGAGACCACAGCGGCUGAGGAAGAGGCAGAGACCACAGCGGCUGAGGAAGAGGUAGAGACCACCGCGGAAGCUUCCACAUCAACCAUUCUGCCGAUCGAGGAUUGUGAGGAGUAUACUCCUCCUCCUCCUGCUUUAAAGCAUUUGUAUGUUAAGCUCAAGCCCCAUUUAAAUGCUUCAUCAAAUAGUCCUCUUCCGCAAAGAAAAUCCUAUCCUAGCUAUCGUAAAUUGAUAAAGGACUUAAACAAGGUUGCUGUUGGGUCGAGUUCGUUCAAGCAAAAGAUUGAAGCUGUAUUGUCCAAGUUUCAACGUGCUGUUAGUGAGUCGGUUGAGGCUCAACUUCAAUACUACGAGUCUACAAGGAUUAACAUGUUAUUCCAGUUGAAAAAUUUUGUUCAAAAAGCAUACAACAGCUUCACGGAUCUAGUAGAUCGAUCGUUCAAGAAGAGUGGCGUUUGUAACUCGAAAAGCCAAGAGUGUUGGAACAAGCUUCAAUCUGGACUUCCGCGCUUUAUGGAUGACAUGAACCACGAGAUCGUCACUUGUGACGACAUCUUCAACGCCAACAUGGAAAACCCACGAGGUGCAUCGGUGAGGAGAGUAACCGUUCAAAGGAUAGGCCAGGAGUUCGAGAAUGUCCAGACAAAGUGUUUCAAAAAUCCUCAAGGGAAUGUCCAAACACUCACUUGCCUAAUGAAAAAUCUUCCGCAUUAUGUUCCAAGAAGUGCAGCUUAUUUUAGCAGUUUACAGAAUGCUAUCAGCCAGGGCUCCAACCUCAUGGGCUACGUAACAACGAUGGCGCAGAGUUGUUAUAAGAGCGCGUAUGAUACACGCACGGAGCAGUUCAACAAUGGAAUGGCCAAACUGAACCGCUGCGUGGAAGGGGAAAACUCUAACGAUGUGGCACUGAACAAGGAACUGGAUAAAUGA